UCUGCUAGCUGGUAUAGCCAAGAACCAACACACCCAUUCCACCCGCACGCGCAGGUAGAGGCAGGCUAGGUAGAUCGAGAUGGCCGCCGCAGGGAACCAGCCCCACCUCCCCCACCCAAGCCCCGCUACCCUGCUCAACGCCGUGCUGGACGAGUCGACGAGCCUGGACAACAGGAACGACCAGUGGACGGAGGAGGCCGCGCGCGAGCUGGGAAACAUCGCGGUCGCCGUCCGCGCCAACGCGCAGGCCAGGAACGUCGCCGGUACCAGGGCCGAGCUCACGUCGACGGUUCAGCACCUGACGCCGCUCUUGUGUCACUUCAUGAGCGAAGGCUUGCAGAUGCGCAAGCUGCGGCGCAUGUUCCGCACGGCGGUGGGGGCGCCGAUGGUGCCGGCGGCCGCGCCCGACCUGCCGCCAUUUUUCCAUGUGGGAGAUCAAUGCAUGUCGCAGGCGGAGAUCAGCAAUGGGAUCCUCCGCAACACAUCAGAGAGCAUGUCCGGAAGGGUCAACGCGGCGCUGACGCUGUUGGACGCGGUGGAGGCCGGGGCGACCAACCCCGACGAGGUCUGGGGCAGCAUCAAUGAGCACCUGGAGGAGGUCACCACCUACACGGAGAUGAUGGUGGCUCAGCACACCGCACUGAGCCUCCACAUGCGAUGCGUGGUGAUGAGCAUCGCGGCCGGCGUCCGCCUCUACUUGCCCGCCUAAGACAUGCAAGCCCCUCCUCCGGUCCAAGCAGAGGCAGCAGGUGCGGUGAUCGUCGGAAGCAUCAGGGCCGGCCGGAGGGACGAGCGGAGAGCUAGCUACCUACUGCUCCAGUCCAGGAAAGAAUGAAUUAGUUGCAGUUUUCGUUUGUGCGAUCGAAUCGACAAGGCUUGCUAGUUGCAUUGAUUGCGACAUACAGCAGCCCUGCCGUCGGUCUAUACUAGUUAUCUCCGUGUCAACAGCGUACUAGUAGUAGUGGUAGUAAUCCUCCUGGUGAUGGUGGUGGUGGCAGCAUUGUAUCAGAGUCAGUCUAGUCCGGUUUGUUUGUUUGUUUGUUUGUUUGUUUGUUUGUUUGUUAGCUCUUCAAGUUCAAGCUAGUACUGGUAGCUAUGGUCAGUUGUGGUGGUGGUCGGUCAACGCAUACUAGUACUAGUUGUUGCAGCAGCUGUUGCUUGUAGUGCGUUGGUGUAUCAGAGUCAUUACCACUCCAGUUUCAGUCGAUUAUUAUGACUAGUAACU